AUGUCUUGCUCUCUCUCUCCAAAUUGCACACACCGACCACUUCUUCCUAUACAGGCAAAACCUGAACAUCUCGACACCCUGAUUUCCCAAUAUCAUCCAACUUCUCUGCCUCCCCCUCACCAUUUCUUCUCUUCAUCACAUCCUGCAUCUAACGCCAUUCCUCCUCUUCCUUCACCUCAUUCUUUACACUUUCUCGAAACGUACCACUUCUUCCUCUCUUCAAGCAACCACUCCAGUGUGCGAACAACCAAUGCACUCCAUUCACCUCCUCCAACUCCUUCUUCGUUAGGCUCCACUUCAACAGGUGCUCUCUCUUCACUGCCUCACGUACCCUCCCUCUCCCAACUAGCUCUCGUCACCUCCAUCGAUAACACCCUCACUACCUCCCUCGAGACCUCUAUCUCGCUGUCCUCCACUUCCUCUACCACUUAUCGCCACAUUUGCCCUGCUUCUCCACAUCCUUCCCGUACCCCUCCUUCUCCUAAACCUUUCCCUUCCCAUCCACCUCCCACUUUCUCUUCUUCCACUCCAUCCACUUCUACCUCCCACCCAAUACCAACAUUCCGCGGUUCCAGUUAUUCCCCCAACAUCCAUCACACCAAUCGCCAAACCCAUCAUCAAAUUCCUCCAAUUUUUACUAAAUCCUACUAUCCACAUUCUACUCAAUUGCAACUGUGUCCGCCUUCAACACAAUCUUCUUCUCAUCCAGUUCAAAUGUCCCCCGACAUUUUACUUCUCAAACCAAACAAUUCUCACACUUACGCACGCUGCCACAAAUCGCCUUUCUUUCCCUCAUCUCCCUCUUCUACCAACUCACCCAGACCUUCAUCAUCACCUCACACAAAACACAUCUCAACGCCCCACGUGCGUGCAUCCACACACACCUCCUACUCAGUCUCCCAAUCCUUCAUCACCUCCCACAUCUCCGCCAUCUACACCGCCUCCUCCCUCUCCUCCCAUUCCUCCCUCUCCUCUCACUCCUCUCUCUCCAUCUCCGAGGAAACACACCUUGUCAUGUCCAUAAUCACCACUAAGAGGCACAUCACUGGCCCCAAGCGCCACACACACUGCGCAAUUUGCUACAAGAAAUUCUCUCGACCAACGUUACUUGCUCGCCAUCACAAAGUCCAUUCUAAGCAACACCAUCUUGGAUGCCCAAACAAAUCCAAGAGCUGCAUCCUAGGCGACAGCACCUGCAUAACCAACGAGAAGACUUUGAUGUGUGAAUUGCGUAGUGACAAUGCCAUUGCCUCAUCCAAUCUCAUUCACUACACGAAACACAGGCAUGCUCUUCCACCUCCUUCUCCACCACAUUCUCCGCCACAUUCUCCACAUACGCCUCCUCCGCCGCCCCUUCCUCAAUCACCACACAAUCACCCUCGCCCUCCUCACACUACUCCUCCUCCUCCUACUACUCCUCAUCCCAAUCCCCAUCCUCCACCUCCUUCUACUGCUCUUUCUUCUGCUUCUGCUACCAACACCACCGACAUUUGCAGCGCGCUCACUUUGGGGUCUCGUUUCCAAUUACCACAUGCUGCUGCGACAUCUCAAUUCGCCCCAACUCAUGCCACAUUCACUUUAAAUAACAUGGCUUCCGUGACAGCACCCCUCUCCGCUUUCACUCCACCCAAGUUCUCCGUUUAUCCAUCCCUCGGCAUACCACACCACAACUCACACCAUUUUUCAUCCUCCUUAUAUUUCGCACCCAACUCACAUGCUCCUCCUUCUAUUCCUUCUCAUCCCACUCCCACUUCCACUCCUCCUCCUCCACCAACACCUCUCCUUUCAUCUCCACCUACAUCUCGUCUUCCUCAUACUUAUACUCAUGCUCAUGUCCAUGUUGGGGCUAAUUCUGCAAUGACACACACAAGUCUCCUCUCAGCCACUCCCAAUUUCACACGCGCAGCUUCCGCACGUAAAUCCACUCCCCUCACCAUCGUCACCACCAACACCAUUGCCCAAACAACCCAGCACAACCAUCACCACCACCUCUACCAACUGCUCCUAGAGCACAUCCAACACCAGCGGCACCAGUCUCGCUCACUUCGCCAAAUCCAACAACCACUUCGUCCUCCAAAAUCAUUUACUCCACUCACAACUUCAACUCCUCGACGUCCGAUUCCAUCUACUACUCCACAACCACAACAACAACAACAACAACAACAACCGUAA